AUGGCAGAUACAGCUGUCCGUAUCGCAUAUGUACGCUCUGUGCUUCCCACUCUUGAGUCAGCCCUCCAUUCCUUCACCAAUUCCUCUUCAACCUUCCGCAUCGUGCGUACCAUCAACCCCACCACGACUCCUCCAAAGACCCUAUACAUCCUCGACUCUUCCUUCAACCCGCCCUCAAUCGCUCACCUAGCCCUUGCAACAUCCGCCCUACGCGAUUCCUCCCCUACCGACGCGCCUCCACACCGCCUACUACUCCUCUUUGCUACCCAAAAUGCAGACAAGGCCCCCAGCCCCGCGAGCUACACCCACCGCCUCGCCCUCAUGAUCCUCUUCGCGGAGGACCUCUCCCGCUUUUUAGUCUCUCAAUCCUCCUCUUCCCCAAAAUCGGACCUCUCCUCCAUCUCCAUCGACAUCGGCCUCACCACCGCCCCAUACUACACGGACAAGUCCACCGCCAUCGCAACCUCCGAGCCCCCUGCCUACCCUUCCAGUCCAGUCCAUGUACACCUCGUCGGCUUCGAUACCCUCGUCCGCUUCUGCAAUUCGAAAUACUACCCCAAACACACCCCGCCGCUGUCGGCGCUGGUCCCGUUGUUCGGGGCGGGGCAUAAGCUCAGGGUUACGGAGCGCCCCGCGGACGCGUCUGACGCGUCGUCGGAUGCGUAUGGGAGUGUGGAGAGCCAGAGGGAGUAUGUGGACAACUUGGCACAGGGUGGGCUGGAAGAUGAGGGGUUUCGGAGCGAAUGGGCGCGGCAGAUUGAUUUGGUGAGCGCGGCGGAGGGGACGGGUGUUAGUUCGACGAGGGUGAGGAGAGCGGCGGAGGGAGGGGAGUGGGAGGUUGUGGGGAGGUUGUGUACGGAGGGGGUGAGUGCUUAUGUGAGGGAGGCUAGGCUUUAUAGAAAAGAGGAGGAUGGGACGCGGUAG